AUGCCCCAACGUCAUGUCGUGCAGAUGUCCACCAGCCAUGCCAGCUAUGGUGUCUGUGUUUUGGGUACCGAGGUCUUCCUCGAUACGCACCGAUCUACCCCCAAAGGUGCCACGUCAUUUGAUGUCCAUGCCACCUCUGCGGUUACUGUCCACAUCAUCCACAGCCCCAUGACAAAACCCAUGAUUAACUCCAGAUGGCCCCUGGAUCCUGACAUAGAGGUUGUAGUGACCAUCGAUGUCACCAGCAGGACUGUCAAUGACAACAAGGUUAAGAUUUCAUACUAUGGACAGGAAGACAAUGAGCUUUCAGUGGCUUGGUUGUAUCUCACUUGCGUAGAUAUAUCCCUGGAUGUGGACUUGAGCCGUAAUGGCAGAGUGAAAAGCAAAGGGAAGGACAAGGCCAAAUGGACGUGGGGUCCAGAAGGGCAAGGCGCUGUGCUGCUGGUCAACUGCGACCGGGACAGCCCCGGCGUGGGGGGGACGGACAGCGGUCAGGUGGACAUACGGACCACUGCAGACCUUCAGGACAUGUCCGUCAUGCUGCUGCGGACUCAAGGGCCCAGCGCUAUCUUUGCUGAGUACCAGGUGGUCCUGCACGUCCCUGAGUCGGAUGCGGAUAAAGUGCGGGUUUUCCAUGCUAUCUGGAAUGACUCACGUCCCCACUACAAACCCGUGUUGGGACCGGACAAGCUCUCCUACGUGUUGGACCAUGUCGGCAGUGGAGAAAACACCUUCUACGUUGAAGGGCUGGCUUUCCCGGACGUGGGCUUCUCUGGGUUGGUUUCCUUCAGCGCCAGCUUGCUGGAGGUCCCCCACAAGAAUUCACCGGGCACCCCAAUUUUCACGGAUACGGUCGUUUUCCGUGUGGCACCCUGGAUAAUGACACCCAACACCCAGCAGCCUAUGGAAGUUUUUGUCUGCAGCAUCCGGCAGGGCUCAGACUCCAACGAAGUCUUUCUGGGUUUUUUGAAGAAAGCCAACUGCAAGCUGACCAUCUGCUCGGAGGUGGAAACCCGGAGUGACCGCUGGAUCCAGGACGAACUGGAGUUCGGCUACGUGGAAGCGCCACACAAGACCUUCCCUGUUGUCUUUGACUCGCCCAGGAACAGAGGCUUGAAGGAUUUUGCUUUUAAAAAGAUCCUGGGCCCCGAUUUUGGCUAUGUGACCCGUGAGCCUCCCGGGAAAGGCGUCUCCAGCCUCGACUCCUUCGGCAACCUGGAUGUCAGCCCACCGGUGACGGUGCGAGGGAAGGAGUAUCCCCUGGGCCGGAUCCUGAUCGGCAGCCCCCUGCCUUGGUGA